AUGCCGCGACGGAACGCUCAGCGCCAGUCGCUCGCGCCAGUAGGCAGGGAUGACGAAGAGGAGCGCACGAUGAAACGGCGGCAAGCAGCGUCGAGGACCACGAACACAGCAUCAGACGGCAUCAGAUGGUUUCUUGGUCGUCAACAGCAGACCCGGCGGGCCUCAAAUGCAGACUACUCAGACUACCCCGAAAGUAUGCAUACUAGAACCCCUACCCCCCACGUUCAUCUGCACGGCGCAAAACGCCCUUUCUUCGCGGCACGGCGUGAUCACGGUGGAGAGGAGACCGCGGCGCGCCUCGCGAGACGUCGUGUCGCCCUAUCGCAGCUUAUCGGAGUUAUCGCAAUCGCGGGUAAAAAUACCGUUGUACCCUUAUAGAACCCUUACUGGUGUGCGACUGUGGGGUGGAGUGGAGUGUCAAGGUACUGAGCGCUUUAACAAAUAAACACAGGCGCUUCGCGAAACCGAGACGCUGUCUUGUCGCUGUCGCUGUCGCAAGGUCUUCUACCGCGACCCGCUGUGUUCCAAGAUUGCUCAGAGUGCUGGGCGCGUCCAAGGCGGCUGUGCACAACUAAGCGUAAGCAUAGCAGGCAGUAAGCAUGUGUGUCGUGUCCAUGUCUGUGGUCCACGUCUUCAGCACAUCCUGAACAUCCCGAGGCCGGUUGACUGAGGGUCAGUGGUUGGAGUUGGGGCCGGCGCGUGUUUGGGACAGCGCGAUGCUGGAGCGAUGUCGUGGUUGGAUGGCUACAUGCACGCCAAUGCCAGGUAGUGGGAGGCGACGCGACGGUGACUCCCGACGUGGUGACGGCGCGUCAGUCUCGUGGGGAAGGGCGAGCAUGGCAUGAUUGGAUGAGAAGAUCGAGAUGUUUAUUGUGGCGAUCGAGUCCGGUGCGGGUGUUUCGCGGGAGCCGUGUUUCAUGUUUAUGCUCGAUUCGUGAUUGUCGUCGUCGCUGGUCUUUCGGCUUCAAGUUUCUGGCUUCUGACUCAGAGGCUAGAGAUGCAGUUCAGAUGUCUGCAUAGAGCUGCAUAGAACAGGCUUGGUAAGAGACAGCUGUUCACCGUAUAGAGUAAGCAUCUGCCAUUUUCCAUCUGCGCUCCUACCACAGGCCUCGACGGUGAGGGAUAUCAUCGUUUCUCCGACGGAAUUGCUGCGCCGUUUCUUACCAAGGAAUGUAGCUCCCUCAUGCUGCUCCAUAGCUCCUGGGCUGGAGAGCUACGGGACUCGGCAUCGGGGUAGUGAGCUUGUUGUCAUUGUAUUUUUCGUGGCUUGUUAUUGUUGAUGUUGAUGUUUAUGUUGACCUCGACGGUGAUACCAUCCAGCUGCUUCUCAUCCCCCCUCGGGAUCUCCUCAUACCUCUAAGCCACCCCCUUCUCCCCAUGGCCUUUUGUAUGGCUGAUGGCGACCUUUUUUUCUCUCCUUUUGGUCCCAUCGGUCUCCCUCUGGGCCCCCCCUCCAUUUUCCAAGGGACAGCCUCCCCCAAAGGGAGGACCGCUCUUUCCCCAGACAGACCGCCUCAUUGCUCUUUCCCUAAUGAACAGCUUCAUUGCUCUUUCCUUCCAAGGGACAGCCUCAUUGUUCUUUCCUUCCAAAGAACAACUUCAUCGCUCCUUCCCUUAAAUAACCAACCCCUCACAUCUUCCUGCCAAUAACGGACCCAUCGCUCCUUCCCUUAAAUAAACACACUCGUCGCUCCUUCCUCUUAAUGAGCAGCCUCGUUCCUUCCUCCUUGCCUUUUUCCCUCUUCGCUCUUUCCCUCGAUAAACCGUCUCUUCGUUCCUUCCCCAACAGCUUCUCUCAUCGCUCCUUCCUCCAAGAACAGCCUCAUCGUUCCUUCCCUCUAUAAUUACUCGCCUCACCCAUACCACUCCGAGCUCCCCCCUUCUUCAGGCCAAGCACCCUCUUACUCCCCCCAAAACACAUCCACCCCACCCCUCCAUCUCCAAACCUGCAUAACCCAUCUCCAGACCCGCGGAUACCUCAGCAUGCGCAUCAUCCCCUUCGCCGGUACCCGAGGUGCGCGGCCCGGCCUGGGAUGCGGCCGCAGGUGGUUCGGGCGUAGAUGCGGUCGCAGCUCGGAUGUGCUGCGCCCCGGUGGUUACGAGGAGGGGUGUUUUGGAUUUUACUCCUUUGUGGGAUGAUGCUGGCUGGCAGUUAGAAG